GCUUUUAGAGUAGCUUUUGCAAUCAAAAAAUAUAUUUAUAUUGGAAAAGUCAGCAAUUUUACAGUCCUUUAUUUGGUCCAAAAGAAUCUAAAACUGUUACUGUUCAUAAAAAUACACUUUACAGGAAUAAUAAAAUACCUAAUUACGGUUUUAUAUUUAUUGGCUUUUUUAUGGGUUUUAUACUUGGAAUCCUUUCUUCUCUUUUUAUGGUAUGCUGUUUUCGAAAAUUCCCUUUUUCAAAAAAAUACACUUGGCAAAAGAAUGAAGUAUCUGACGGCGAAAUUAAUCAAUUUCAAAAUAAUAGACUUUUACCUUCAAAUGAUUUUUAUCCAUGUUUUAAUUAUGAGUCGCCAAAAGAAUAUCAAGAGAAAUCAGUAUUUUGGAAAAGGAAUUUACGAUCUGAUAAAAGCAUUAUAUCUUGUCAACAAGAGGUUAAACAUAAAGAUUUAUGGAGGGCUUCAUUAAUGCGCAGGGAUAAAACUGUGUUUCACUUACCAAAAGUGAUUGGUGAUGAUUGUAAACUGUUGAAUAAUUUUCUAUUAAACAAUUUUCAUCAGCUUUGGGUUUAUGCAAUAAAAACAUCUUUUCAAAGCAUGCAUGAUUCUAAUGAUAUUACCUAUGAAGUUCUAAUUAAAACUAGAAAAUCAGCUGAUAAGUUAUUAGCAACGCUAAGAGAUCACCUGCAAGCAGCAAUUUUACAUGAUCAAAGAGAGAAUGACUUAGUUGUGGAGGUACUUGUUUAUUCUUACAAACAAGGAUUGUGUUUUUUUGAAGAUGCACUUCAAUUUGGUCCGAGAAACGAUUCAAAAGUAAAUGGAAAGUUGAAAUCUGUUCAGCAUGAGAAAUGCGCCACAGAAGUAAAUAAAUAUGAAAAAUAUAAAGAAGAUUUGAAUAAAAUGUUUAAAAUACUGUGUGACAAGCUAAUAUUUGACUGUCUUUUUGAUGCUAAUGGGUACUACUCCAGUAGUUAUUUUUCAAAUUUAUCAAGCUCGUUGUUUUUAGUUUUACUAGAAGAUUUUAUUUCUUUGUUCACACCAUGGGUUAAUCAUAUUGUUUUCAAGAAACUAGACAUGCUUAUAAGAAAGCAGUAUAUUACUAAAAGUCUUUCAAAGCAAUUUGAAGAAAAUUUUGUUGAAGAAUUAAAGCAUGUAACAAGUUAUUUAGAAAAACAAUCAUUCAUUCUGGUUGAGAAAUUUGAAGAAAAAGAAUUAUUAAGUUACUUGCAUCAAAUAAAUGCUUUAUUUGGAGAAAGCGUCAAAUCAUUAGAUUUAUUAUGGAAUUCAUCAACAUCAUUUUCACAAACUGAUUUUGUUGCCAAUACUGAAACCUGUUUAAAAUGUGCAGCACAUAUUAUUCAUAUGAUGAAAGAAAUUAAUAAGAGCUUCCAUUGUAAAAUGAUUGAGAUUAAUAACAUGCUGAUAGAAUUUCUUCAAAAUACAAUGAAUAUCUUUGUAACACGUUUAAAUGUGCAUUCAGAAAAUCUUAUUCAAAAUGUUUCAUUAAACGAAACUCGUGUUGUUAGUUUAAAUGACAAGAGCUUAGAUGAGGAAGAAUGGUUUGCAAUAAGGUUUAAAAAAGACUGUCUCGUUGAUCUUAUUCAAUUUUUAAGAAAUGAAUCUUUUGAAUGUUUUAAUGAACUUUCGUUAAUGAACAAUGAUUUUUGCUUGCAUGUUGAGAAAUACAUUUUGCAACUAUAUGACUCAUCAUUUCAAAAACUUUCUUCUAUCAAAUCAACACUAGCAAAUACAGUUAUGCAAACUCAAAUUUUGGUUAAAUGCACAGUUUAUUGUUCUGGGCCUGUAGCUUGGAUUUCGUGGGAAAAUUUUUGGUCAGACUCAGCUUCAGCAAUAUUGCUUGCAGUUAUAAAUAAGUUUUCUACUGUUGACCACAUUAAAGCUAUAGAUAUGGAAGCAAAUAUCUUUACCAUAAUUGGAAAGGAAAAGAUACAUCACGUUUGGUUGAAAAAAAAAUUGAAGGAUAAAAUGGUCAAUCUCAAUAAAUCAAUAGAUUAUAUCUUUGAAGCUAUCAAGGAUUCUUCAUAUGAUAGUGAAGAUGUGCUUCUGGGUUUAUACAAAACAAAUAAUCUAAAUGUUAAUGUCAAUGAAGAGCUGUCUUCAAAUGAAAUUUUGCUUGACUUAUUAAAAAACUUCAUUAUUGGAAUUUUAACAGAAGCUCAAAAGUUAAAAAAUGAACAACUUAUGUCUCAUGUGAAUGAUUAUAUAAAGAAAAUGAAUGAAGUUUUAAUAAACAGCACAUUUGUUGAUGUUAAUAAAACUAUUACCAUGGAUUCUCUCAAAUCACAUUUGCAUAGAUUUCAAUCUUUUUGCAAGAUUUUUCUUUACCCUACUACAGACCAAUUGCUUUUUGAUAUUUAUUUCAACGAAGAUGAAAUUACUGAGCAUAUAUAUCAUCUAGGCUUACAUCAUCAGUUUAAAGAAAACAAAGUUUUCUUCUAUAAAAAAAUGAUUUCCGAGCACUUCAAUUUUAUCAAAAUUUUACAUUCUAAUCGUUUUGUUGAAGUAUCAGACAUACUUAAAUUACUUAGAGAUCUUGCCAAUCUUUUAUCUCAAGAAGAAAUAGAUCUUUAUUAUAAUAGCGUAAAUGACUCAAAAAUGAACUUGGAAUUAAACGAUCUUUACAACACAAGUUUAAAAUCCAAAGAAGAAGUUCCCUCCAAAGCAGAAGUUCCCUCCAAAGCAGAAGUUCCCUCCAAAUUUAGCACAAGUUUAAAAUCCAAAGAAGAAGAUCCCUCCAAAGCAGAAGUUCCCUCUAAAGCAAAAGUUCCAUCCAAAGCAGAAGUUUCCUCUAAAGCAAAAGUUCCAUCCAAAGCAGAAGUUCCCUCUAAAGCAAAAGUUCCCUCCAAACCAAAAGUUUCCUCCGACCCAAAAGUUUCUUCCAAUGCAGAAGUUCCCUACAAAGUACAACUUAACAAAAAAAAGAAGACAUUAAAAAAUUCCUCGGCUAGUUAAUAAAGUAAAACGGAUAAACAUUACUAAUUUAACUUUUUCUGCCUUUGCUGUAUUUUUUCUUUUGAUUUUUUUUUUUAGCGAAA